CGAUCAAAAGAUCCCUUGAUUACCUCCAUUCAGAACAGUACAGUACCUAACUCCACAAACUGACCGAGUAACGACAACAUCACCACCGACUACCAUGAAGCUUCACACGUCCAUCCUGCUUCUAGCCGCGAGCACGCUCAGCACCGCCCUCGCAAUCGAGGCACGCGCAGCCCAAGAUGUGCUGAACGACAUCUCGCAGAUCAAGACGCAAACCGCGACCGUCCAGCGCGACAUUGACGCAUUCCAAGGCGGGCCCGCGAGCGCCGUGCAGGCCCUCCAAAUCAAGACUGACUCCGACACCCUCCAGAAGACGAUCCAAAAGGGCUCGACAGACGCACGCAACUCUGCCUCCUUCACCGACAACGAAUCUGCCGCGAUUGCCAAUGCCGUGACGGGACUCCAGACGAGUAUCUUCAAGGUCUUGAACUCUCUAGUUGCGAAGAAGGCAGGGUUCGAGACAGCGAUCUUUGGAUCCAGCGCGGUGCCGAUUGUGCAUGAUACGCUCGUGGGCUUGAGGGCUGAUACGGGGUAUUUUGGGGGCAACGUGACUCAGAAGCUGACUCCGCAGAUUGCGAAGUUGAGCCCCUUGAUCGUGUCGAACAUCGAUUUUCACUUUGUGAGGGCUGUAGAUGCGUUUUCUUCGGGUUAGGGCGGGAGAACAUCUGAAUGAGACAGAAGUAAAAUACGAAGAUGUUACGAGGUCUGACUGCUUUUUUCACGAUGGAUGAUGAGAUAGUAAUCAUAACGUGUUCGAGCAAACUCGUGUUGGC